AUGAAUCUUCUAUUUAGAUAGGUUGUCAAUCCAAACAAUCCAAAAAUAGUGGCCAUCGCAAAAAAUUAUGUUAAACAUGUAAAAGAAAUGGGUGGCGAUGAACCACCAAAAGAGCCAGUCAUAUUCUAAAAACCAUUUACAUCUUUGUUAUACCUUCCUGAAGGAAAUGGCAUUCUGUAAUUGCCUAAACAUAAUCAUGAAAUUCAUCACGAAAUUGAGCUCGGAUUUAUGGUUGCUAAAAGUGGAAAGAAUAUCCAAAAGGAGAAUUGGUAAGAAUAUAUAGGAGGCUAUUUCUUGGCUUUGGAUUUGACUGAUAGAGACAUGCAGGGUCAUUUUAAGAAACAAGGAUUUCCCUGGGAUUUGGCUAAGGGUUAAGACAAUUUUUUCCCAAUUUCAGAUUUAAUUACUAAGGAGAAGGUUAAAGAUCCAAAUAACCUUCAAUUGGAAUUGAAGAUCAACCAAAAAGUAGUAUAGAGUGAUUCUACUUCUUCUAUGUAUUACAAAAUUCCAGAUCUAUUGGCCUACAUUUCAUAAUUUAUGACUUUGAGACCAGGAGAUUUGGUUUUGACUGGUACACCUCAUGGAGUAGGUCCAAUUAGAGUCAAAGACAAUUUAAAUGGCACAUUAAAAUAAGGAGAUGAAACUUUGGCAUAACUUAAUUUGAUAGUGGAUUGA